AUGGGUGUGUUUGGCACAGCUUUGGUGCUAAUGAAACGAAGCAUGAAGUUGUGGGGUAUAAUUUUGGCCGCAUGGCUGUGGUGGACAGCUGUGAACGGCCCAUGGCCACGGCUAGCCCCGUGGUUACCCUCCGAUGACCAUAACCAUCACCAUAUUAAUACUAUUGACGCACUUCACCAUAUGACAGUUCGGAGCGAUGUCUCUCACUAUCCCCCAAGAGACAACCCCAAAUUCGAUGCCUCUGACGCCACCCCCAUGAGCUACAGGUUGUUCAUCGGAGAUCUGCACAAUCGACUGGCGAACACCAACGACACCAGGCACGGCAUCCUAGUGCUGCGCGAUCCGUCCUCUUUCACUACCCCUUCUGAGAGGUUUAUUUUGGUGGAUCUCUGUAACGGCGCAUGUGAAUGCAUUACAUUAGCAAUAGAUGUCACCGAUUUGUAUGCUGUGGGUUACCGUGCAGGAAAUAAUUCCUUCUUCUUCAACGAAACAAGGCCUGUGCAUGUGCUUUUUGCUGACACAUCGCAACGUAUCAUCCUCCCCUUCACGGGAAGCUACCCGUCACUCCAACGUGCUGCGAAUGCAAGUAGAGAAGAUAUUCCCUUGGGAGCCUGCCAACUGCAACAUGCUAUCUCGAGGUUAUCCCGCACCUCCGACAACAAGGAAGUGGCUCACCUCCUUUUAGUUUGCAUUCAUAUGGUCGUGGAAGCAACGCGAUUCCGUUACAUCGAGCGGGUACUGGCCAAAACCUAUGAAAACUGGGGACGUGUUAGUGCUCCAGAUGAUUUGCACCCCAUUGUUAGCUACGAAAACAACUGGGGCUCCAUCUCCAGAGCAAUCCAGGAAGCCGACCGCGAAGGAGCCUUCGGCCAUAGUCCGAUUCGAUUAGACGUGUCUAGCAAUUCCUUUGUCAAUCUUACCCAUGUGCGGGACUACCCUGACCUCCUUUACGAGGUUGGGAUCAUGCUGUUCUUCUGCGCAGCCCGGGGGGCUUCUCACCAUGCGUCUUCUCAUGACAGGGUCAGAUCCGUCGGCGUUGACGUGUACGCGCCGGCUGGAACUUGCACGCGUCCAGAGCCUACGGUGCGCAUCAUCGGCUGGAAUGGUUUAUGCGCUGACGUGCAAAGAGAAUACUUCCACAAUGAACAACCAGUAAUAUUGUGGCCGUGUAAACCCGACGUCGAAAAGGCCAAUAACCACUUAUGGAGCUUGAGAAGUGAUGGGACAAUACGGACUAAGAAUGGCGAGUUCUGCUUGACCUUCUUACCGAUAAGCCGCUUGAUGAUCUACGAUUGCCAGACAACUCAUCGCGAUGAGAUCCUUUGGGAACUCUGGGAGGAUGGAACCAUCAUGAAUCCCAAAAACAAGCUCGUCUUGAGCGCAGAGUUGGAGAAGGAUGGAACGUUGUCGGUGCUGAUCAGAACGAGGGAAAACGUGAAGGCCUCCGGCCAAUGCUGGCUUGCUGGGAAUAACCUAGAACCUUACGUGACCUCCAUUGUUGGGAUGAAAGAUAUGUGCUUGGAAACAGACAACUACACGGUCACGAGGUUAGCAGAGUGCAGGAGCGGGAGAGCAGAACAAAAAUGGGCAGUGUAUGCAGAUGGAUCCAUAUGGCCACAGCAGAACCGAGAGAACUGCCUGGAUUUUGAUGAUCAAUCCGACGACAAACUUGUGAAAAUUCUGAGUUGCAACCCUGCGUCGUCUUCCCAGCGCUGGGUGUUUGCAAGUAACGGAACCAUCUUAAACAUUGACCACCGUGGAAGAAGAUUGGCCAUGGACGUGAGACGAUCUAACCCAGACCUACAUCAGAUUAUCAUGUACCAGGUCCACGAAAAUCCUAAUCAGCAGUGGUAUUUACAGCCUUGA